AUGAACUUUAUCACAAAAUGCUAAUUUUUUCAGAAGGACCUGUAUAUAAAAUUCAGUUGAACCUAAAUUUACAAGAUUUCACUAGUUGAAUUUUACUAAACUUGUGCUUAUAUUUUAGCCAUGUACAAGUUGUUUUGAUGAAAAGUGAAGGAGAAAAGUAUUUUGUAAAAUGAAUAUAAAACAGGCCCACAGUGAAGACGGUCUUUGUAUUUAUGUGCAGGAGCUUCCAGCUGCAGAGGAAGUGUUUGUGACCUUACCAGAGGAAGCAGAACUGCGGCCGGUGGGAACAGUUUCCAGUAUUUUACACCAGCUCGUUAUUAUCCAGUCUCUGAAGGACACGCCUCCUCUGAAAGACGACAGCAUCCUCUUUACCUCUGAUAGGGUGGCUGUAGGAAAGGUGUUCGAGGUGUUUGGACCUGUUGCCAGUCCUUUGUACAUUUUACAUUUUAACUCUGAAGACCAGAUUAACAGCAAGGGCCUGACACAGGGAAUGCUGCUUUAUUACGCCCCYUCCAUCAAAGAGUACACAGGAUAUAUUCUGACCCAGCAGCUGACACUAGCAAAGGGAUCUGAUGCCUCCUGGAAGAAUGAUGAAGAACCACCAGAAGAGGUAAUCACUGUAAACACUGUUCUUUGGUCACAGGGUUGAUAUGGUUACAUUUAU